AUGGUCACAGGUAGCAGUCGACCUCCACGGACCCCUGCAGUCAGGAAAUAUGUGCUCGUCGUCAUACAUGAGCACUCGCGUUUCCCAGUCGUGGAGACAAUACGAUCCACAUCUACCGAACGGGUACUACCAAAACUACGACAGAUCUUCGCCCUUUUUGGCACACCAGAUGUCGUCAAACCUGAUAACGGGCCACCGUUUAACAGCAAGGACAUGUCAUCAUUUGCCACUGAACUAAACUUCACUCACCGAAAAGUGACACCCUACUGGCCGCAAGCCAACGGAACUGUGGAAAGAUUCAUGAAGCCACUAGUAAAGCUCACUCAGACAGCACAUAUUGAAGGAGAGCAUCUAGAGCCAGAGCUUCAUGCAUACCUUACCAACUACAGACAAACCCCUCACCUCACCACAGGCUGCACGCCUCACAGUCUGAUAUUAUCUGAUGUCUCACAGAGACCCCAGAGGUCUGCUACCAACACUUCCAUCGCAAGGACGUGA